GUUUGUCUCAUUCUCUGCCGGAGUAAGAGAAAUUUCCCGAUACAUACCAUGCCCAAUCUGCUUGCGAUUCCCUUCAAGAAAACGUACGCCCUCACUCUACGGCAGCCCGUCAAUGCGCACAUCCAGGCACGGCACCCUGGCAUUCAUCCGGACGAGUUCAAGUGGGAUGUCGGUCAAUGGGAGACGUUGAGGAGAGAUGCAAUGCUCAACAGUGCAAUCAAUAUCGACCGUGUGAAGGCUUUACUCACCUACCAUGCCCAACUCGUCUUCAUCUUGACGAAGUUACCUGCGGAUAUUGGUGUUGAAGUCGCCUACGCGCCACUGUUUUCACCUUCCGCCCUCCCCGUCAACCUCAAUGAUCUGAACUAUGAGCGGUGUUGUGUCCUCCUCAACCUCGCUGCCCUCUACUCUCAACUCUCUUCAUUGGAGAAUCGGGAUAGUCCCGAAGGAAUGAAACGCGCGAUUGCAUACUCACAGAAUGCUGCCGGUACAUUGUCAUAUCUGGCCUCUACCGCACUACCAAAACUGCGUGGAUCUCUGAGUACGGAAGAAUAUCCUGAGGAUUUGUCGGAGGCGUUACUCAGCGGGUUCGAGUGGCUGAUGCUGGCGCAGGCGCAGGAGUGCGUGUGGCAACGAGCAGUGCACGACAAGUACCGUGAUUUACUCGUUGGGAAACUUGCAGCCGAGGUUUCGCACCUGUACAAAAAUGCGCUAUCGACAAUCCGAGACUCAUACCCAUCAAUAAAGCACAUCCUACCCUCCGAUUGGCUGCCACACAUUGAAACCAAAGCUCUCCACUUCGAAGCAGCUUCCCUCUAUCGGCAAAGUUGCGACGAUCGAGAGAAGGCCAAGUACGGGGAAGAGAUUGCUCGUCUCACUGCCGCGCAAACUGCUGCGAAGAAGGGUUACGAUAUUGCUCGACGGAAUAAGGUCCUUCAAGCUGUCUUGCAGGACAUCAAGGCUCUCCUGGACCGUCUCGACAAAGAGGUCGCCCGCGCCGAACGCGAUAAUGACCUAAUCUACCAUAAAGACGUGCCCUCAAUUGCUGCUCUUCCAGCUGUGGGACGAUCGGCCAUUGCAAAGAGCACCAUUCCAGUGGAGCUGCAGGCGCCGAAGAACGCGAUAUCCGGCCAGAAGGUCGUCUUCGAGGACCUGCUUGGUUGGGGUGCCAGGACAGCUAUCGAGAUAUACCAAGAGAGGAGGAAGGAUUACAUCAAAGAUGAGAUCAAGGGUCGGGCGCAAGAGCUCGACGAUCAGGCGAAUGUAACUCUUCGCAAUCUCAACCUCCCUGCUGCCCUCGAUGCCCUCGAGAAGCCAAUCGGACUGCCGCCCAGUCUUCUACAGAAAGCGGAAGAAGUGAGAUCGGAGAACGGACCACAGAAAGUGAUGAAGGAGAUUGAGGAUGUGGGCGCCUUGGCGAAGCGUGAUGCGGACCUUUUGGAGGAUGCCAUGGACAUUCUAGACGACGAAGCCGAAGAGGACGAAGACUUUCAAGCGUCGAUGCCAUCUGUCCGCAAGCCCUCAAUUGAAGCCAAUGUGGAGUUAACAGAGAAGGCGAAGAGGUACAGGGGGAUACUGACCCAGGCAGCGGACAGCGAUGAGGUCAUCAGAGUAAGGUGGAUGGAUUGGGAGAAGAAUAUCGUGCAACUUACUUGGGACGAGGACGAACUCGAACAAGCCAUCCCUUCGUCUACGAUCUCUCCGACGAACUCAAGCCGCACGACAAACUCUACGACUCAAAAACACUCCCGUCAUCUACGUCGUCUUCUCGAACGACUCGACGACUUGCAACGUACGCGUCGUGAUCUCGUGAAACGCGCUGAACGCCUCGCCGAUGCAGACGAUAUAACGCCACGGAUUUUGAAGGAGGCGGCGAAGAUGGAGAAUGUACUUAAGGAGACAGGUCAGACGAACGGGGCCGGUGGGUGGGUGGAGGUCAAGCCGGAAAUGUUGGAAGGUGAACUGGAGGAAGAGUUGGCUAAAUUCGAGAAGUUCGGGGCCGGCAUUAACGAGAGCGGGGCCGAGCAGGAGGGUUGUCUUGGAGAGCUGGAGACAACGAAUGAGGCAUUCUUGUUGUCCAGGAAAGAUGAUCCGGCAGUGAAAGAGCGAGAGCAUGCUUUACAGUCUCUGGAUCUGGCCUACCAUAAGUACAAGGAGAUCGUGAGGCAUCUCGACGAGGGAUUGAAGUUCUACAACGACCUCGCGGGUAUCCUCAUGCAGUUCAAAGACAGCUGCAAGGAAUGGCGUAACAUGCGACGGGCCGAGAUCAGGGCUUUGUCCCAUGCUUCACAAGCUCAACCUGCGCCUCUUGCUAUCGAACCUGAUCCGAAGCCAGCUGCCCAGUACGAAUACCACCCCGUCAGCGAGCCUUCAGAAGCAGUCUCAGUCCGCCUCGAAGCACCACUAUCUCCCAUCCCCAGCCCAGGCCCCGAAUCUCCCGUCCAAGAGCCCGAACCCGAACCCGAAUCCGAAACGUCCACACACGAAUACGAAGAUCACGCCCCAGCCCCAUUACCGCCACCCACUCGACAAGUCGCCGCCGCACCACGAGCGCCCCAAACACCUGUCCGACGUUCUACUCGUUCUCAUACCAAAGCCACUGCCCCAACCCCUCUCGCAGAAGCACAUUUCCGAGCACCAGGAAUAGAGACAGCGCCAAAAACGCCUGGAACGAUGCAAAAGCAGCGGAAGGGUCAGUUGCCGCCAGCGGUAAGGGUAAGGCCGGUGUGA